GGUGGGCUGCUGCCGGGACACACACACACAGACACACAGACACGCACACACCGGGAGUUCAGCCCGGUUCCGGACGGCGCGUGCGUGCCGUGCACAGGUGUGCGUGCGUGUGCGCGCGCCAGCCUCUCGCCUGAAUUAAAGCCCCAUUCUCUCCCCCCGCGGGCACGUGCACGGAUCCGCACGCUUCUUUGUUUUUAUCCUGAAGAGUUUUUAAUUUUUAUUUCAUUUGAGAAGCAGACGGGCAGAGAGCCGCGCGUGUGCGUGCGUCCGUGCGCCGGCGUGCACGUGCGCGCCCACGCCGCCUCCCGGUGCAGAGCGGCACGCGGCGGAUCGAUGAGGAUGAUCGGAGGCUCGUGAUCCGCGUGUUUCCUCCACUUGUGGAUUUAAUGGGAGUCGCGGCGGAGAGGCGCGAGCCGCGGCGGAUUUAAAGGUCACGGCGGCGGCGCGAGGACACGGUAGACACCGGCGCCCCCUUCAGGAUGAAUCCCUUAGCUGCUCUCAGUGUUGAUCGCAGCGCUCUGAUGGGAGAAAACUUGCGCCCCCAUGGGGCAGUUUUCUACCCAACCAUCCACCCACUGUCUGCAGAAAAGCCCCAGGAACCUGCCGCCUCGCUCCCGCUGGGCUAUGAGCUGUUGUACAAACCAGACGUUUCACUGCUGGAGGGACAAAAAGCUGCUAACGGCUACAUUGGACUCUAUAAGAACCCACCCCCAAAGUCUCUGCUGAUCCCGGCUGCAGGAGGGGACAGUGGCCUUGGAUUGGACCGCCGAGUGUUACACGGCGAAAAGCAAGCAGAGCUGAGCCUGAAUGGUGCUGGUAGCUUCCUAAGGUUACCCUGGAUCAGCUCUUACAGUGAUGCCACCAUGUACCCAUUCUUGGAUAUGGCGUACAAAGCCUCCUUUCUGUCCCAGCCAUCACACUUUAUCCAUCAGCAGCUGGCAUACCAGUCUUUGUGUGCUGCUGGGACUGGAGGCAGCACACCAGGGGAGGACAGACUUUUCUACCUGCCUCCCUUCGCACAGGCUCAUAUGUCCUCCCAGCUCGGACCGCCAAUCAGAAUGUCUCCAGCUACUUCAGCUACAGUGCUUUCACCGUUACCACAUAGCCAGGAUAAGAUCCUGCAGGGUCUCAGUCCUCAGGUGCACCAAGAACCGUCUGCCUUCAGCACCAGUCCUCAAAUUCAUCAAGACCCCCCGAGUCAAACUGGCCACCGUACUGAGAGACCACAUGGUAACAGUUUACCAAAGUCCAGUCAGACCACUUUGACCAAGAACACACUGAACAGAAGCAGCAGCAGUGGUGGUUCAGCUGGUACCACCAUCUUGGAUUCGCCUCCUGUUUCCCGUCAGCCAUGUUCAGUUCCCUCAGUCCAACCUCUCAACAACACCAGUACAGACCUCCAAACAUCCAUUUACACAAGCACCUCCUUGUCCUCGUUGCAUCACGCGUUCUCCGUGAGCACCGGGCACUGCUCUCCCAAACACUCCAGUGGCAACAAAACCAAAGACACCAACUCCUGUGCAUCACCGAAUCCCGUGAAGACGCUGUUGGACCGAGCUGUACCUCAAAAAAUGGCCAAAAAUCCUGGAGAGAAACCUUUGGAUUUGUCUGCCAAAGAGUUAGAAGCAAAUGGAUUUCCAGCCAAACUGGAUGCCCUAGCAAAGUUGGGAUAUCUGCAACCAUCUCGUUAUGGACUCUUCACCAAUCAGGACCAGCUCCUCAAAGAGGGGCUCCCUCCAACUGUAAAUACUGUUAACAUAUCAGAAAAGACUCCAGAUCAUCCUGAAGUUAUUGGCACUGCAUCCUCCACAUGGGCUGUGCCUAGUUCAUUGCAGUCUCUGAAAAAUAAGAAUGUAGAAAAUACUAAUCGACCGCAACCUUCACGCUCACCUGGUGCCACAACAGUUGAGUCAGUAAAUGCAUCUAGUUCUACCUCAAGUGGACGACUUCCUGUAGUGGCACCUUCUUCAAAGUCCAAAGUUGUUUGGCCUCAAGCUCCCCAAGCGGAUUCUGAGAAAAUCUCACCAACAAGCAAAAUAGUGACUCCUGCAACAUCUGAGCCUCAAGAGGUCCAAUCGUAUCGGCAACAGCAGCAACGCACAGAAAACAGAAGCGCUUCUGGCCAAGUGUAUGGAGAUUCCUACCUCCCACCUGGUUUAGGUUACACAAGCCGCUACAUCCCAUAUUCAGUUGCAGAGAAUAUUUCACUGCAGCAAAUACCAAUUCAAGGAAAAGGACCUGUGUACCCCCAUCCAAUGUUACUUGGUGGUGGCCCUUUUUACACGACUCACAUCACACCAAAACAUGGCCUGUCUUAUGGAGUACACCCUUAUCAGACGUCCCAGGAGAUGGUCCCAACUGUCCUUCCAAUUUACAACAAAGACGAGCUUGAGAACAGGUCAAAUCACCAGGAUAAGAUAUUCAAUGUGGACUCAUACCGGAACCAGGAGACUCCAAGCUCCCAUGCCAGUAAUAAGGAGAAAGAAAAGUCCUCAAACCAAACCACAAAGGCUUCUGGGAAAAGCCACACUGCUGUUAGAGAAGACAUUGUUUGCAUUGACCUCGUCCAUGAUGAGCUGGAUGAAGAUAUCUCUCGAAAGUGUAACUCUUCUGAGCAAGGUGCUGAUGCACGCUGCCACACCCAAGACAAAGAGCCUCUAAAAGGCAGCCCUCUGGGCCGAGGUAUAGACCGGUUGCCGGGCUUAUUGCAUAGCUCCUCAUCACCCCCUUCAACUACUCAGGAGGUCUCCGAACUGGAACCGCUGAGUCCAUUUCCAGAUGUUCCAGAGGAGAUGACAAUGCGAUGUGCCCGAACGUGUCCACAGCAGUACUCAAGAAAAAAUAAACCUGGAGUAUCUGGAGGUGCUCCAAACCUCAUGACACGUGGUGCCAGUGGAAAUAGUGUAAUUCAUAAAACUAACCCAGAUUCUUCUGGGAAAAAUAAUGUGAAACUGCCACACAAUCCCCUUGAAGAUGGCCACUCAGUGAUUCCUGCUGGUGGGGAAGGUUCAUCAAGAAAUUCCACUAGCUUGACGAAUGUGGAGUCAGUGUGUGGACUCGCUAACCAAAAGAAUCCUACACUUUGCACCAGUAAGGUGCCAAACUGUGGCGACAUCAGUCAGCAGGCCCCAACAACGUUCAAUGUUAACCCCAAGGUCGAAAGCGCCAGUGCUCUACCCACUGUCAGCAGAGACACGAACAGUCAGAGCUUCAUCAGCAGCAAUCAGGUCGGAUCAUGUUGCAGAAAUGUUAUGUUGAAGACUUCAAGUUGUGAGCCAACGCUCUUCAGUGGGACUCCAACCUUCAGGAGUGUCAACUCCCAGUGUGCAAAUGGAGACAGCUGCAAUCUACAAUCGACCUGCACAAACCGCACUCUGACGAUUCCGAUGUCUGGAGGCCAUUUUUCUGAAUGUCCAACCUGUCCACAAUUUCCACCCCCUGGCGGAAGUUUCAGGAGGACUCCAGAGCCACCAGUCAACAAGGACUCGUCCUCCCUCUGUGGAGACCACGCGCAGGAGGACUCCGGCAUCCAACACGGCUCCGACCUGCUGGAGGACGAGGACGAUGGUGCCUCCUGUGGUCGGAGCCGCCGAUGCGGCCUCGCCAAGCGCAUCGAAAAUUCAUCCGGCUACGUGGGCGACCGUUUCAAAUGUGUGACGACGGAGCUUUAUGCCGACUCCAGCCAGCUGAGCCGGGAGCAGAGAGCGCUGCAGCGUGCAAUGCUGCGCUUCUCCGAGCUCGAGCUCAAGGAGAAAGAGGGAGUAAGAGGAGGAGAAGAGGAGGAGAAGGAGGAGGAGGAGGAGGAGGAGGACCUGGCAGGCGGCCAGCGGGGAGACGGCGAGAGGCGGGGGGAGGAAGGAGAGGAGGAGGGGUGGGAGCGCAGCCAGCGAGGAGGAGGAGGAGGGGGAGGAGGAAGGACUCCCACUGCAGCCGCCGUCGAGGCUCCGAGAGGUUCAGUUCCUGCCUUACCUCAUGGCCACCUGCUCAAAGAGAGACAUACAGACGAGGAACAUCCCGAGGAAGAGCAUCACAAACAACAAGAUCAUCAACAGCAGCAGAGGUUCCUCCCAGCGCCCAGAGGCCUGUUUCAGGCGUCCUCACUGGGAUUCACGGGCCCCAACCCUGCGGUGGUGAUAAACCGGCGACGCCUCUUCAGCCUGGAGCCAUUUCAUCAGAGCAGCAUCGUCAGCGGGCGUCUGAAACGAGGGAGGGAGGAAGAGAAGGAGGAGGAGGAGAAGGAGGAGACCGGCCAGACUGGGAACACAAACAAGAAGCUGGCUAGUGACUCCACUCCGGACGACGUGAAGAAGCUCAAAGUCUGCAUCGAGCUUAACGGCCUACGGCUCAACAAGCCCCGCCUCCCCGGGGAGCUCGGCCAAUGGCUGCCCUCCGAUCGGAGGCUCUCGGCGGAUGCCUCUUCUGUCGGUACGAAAUCGGAGGUCAACGGAGGCUGGAGCGACGGCGACUCGAGAGUUUUCCAUGCAGCCCCGCCCUCCUUCCCCGACCAAUGUCCUCGCCUACCAAGUGGCUCUACCUCCCGGCCAUCGCCAUUGGCCUCUCUGGCCUCGCUGGCCUCGUCCCGCCUCCAGGACAAACAUCAGAGGCUGAGGGAGAGUCGUCGGUCCACCGCCUUCCUGCCCUCUCUUCCCCCGUCCUACUCUUCUUCACCCACCUUUCCCCAACUUGGCCAUGACGACAAUCCCGACAGGCCGAAGGGAAAACGCCCCUGUAAACUGAAGCACACGGCUGGAUCCGAGGGUGCCAACGAUGAAGGAGAGUCCAGAGGAGCCAGUGACCAGGAAGAGGAGCAGAGGGGGAAGGAGGUUUCACCGCCUCCCUCUCCACGACCCGUCCCUCCUGAGGUUCGUCGCCUCAUUGUGAACAAAAACGCCGGAGAGACGCUGCUGCAGCGCGCCGCCCGUCUGGGAUACGAGGAGGUGGUGCUGUAUUGCUUGGAGCGUCGCAUCUGUGACGUGAACCACCGGGACAAUGCCGGCUACUGUGCUCUGCAUGAAGCGUGCGCACGUGGCUGGCUCGGAAUUGUGCGCCACCUGGUGGAGAACGGCGCCGACGUCAAUUGCAGCUCUCAGGACGGAACCAGACCGCUUCAUGAUGCCGUGCAAAACGAUCACCUGGAGGUGGUUCGUUUCCUGCUGGCCUGCGGCGCCGACCCCACCCUGACCCACUACUCCGGACGAGGACCAAUCAACAUGACCCACAGCGCCGCCAUGGAGACUUUUCUGGACGAAUACCUCUCUGACCUCCAGGGAAGGUCGGAGGGCGAUCCGGGAAUCUACUGGGAGUUUUACGGCAGCUCAGUGUGCGAGCCAUCCAGUGAAGGCGGAGUGUACAACGUCCUGGCUGAUCCACCGGGACCGGAGGAGGAGGAGGAGGAUGAAGAGAAUGAUGAAGAUGUAGAGCAGCAGGCCCGGAGAGAGGUGUUCGAGUUCGAGCUGUCCGAUCGACCACUGCUGCCCUGCUACAACAUCCAAGUGACCCUGUCUCAGGGACGGAGAAACUGGCUCCUCCUCUCUGACGUCCUGGGUCGCCUUCGGAUGACGUCGCGCUCUUUUCGCCGUCUCUUCCCACAGCUGAAUGUGCAGUCGCUGCCGGAGGACGAGUUUUACCGGCAGGCGGCGCUGUCGCAGCUUCUCACGAGCCCCGACGAAACGGAGCUGUCGUCCUUCAGGCCGGAUGUCCACGACCCCCUGGAACUGGUUGAGGCCACACCUGAACUUGCUGGCAUGCUUGGCUCCUCUGUAGAGUUUGUGGACAGUCGCCACGACACACUGGAACCCUCGCCGCCGCCUUCGCCGCCGCCGCCGCCACCUCCUCCGCAAUGUGUUCCACCACUGAAAUCGCCAUGCCAGGCUCCUGCUGUGGUCGACAGCGCGACCGCACAGUCUGGACUCCCUUCAAAAGUGAACAUGGAAGUUAAAGUGAACGCCAGUUUGUGGGAACCUCAGAGAGCUGAGAGUAACGGCGCCAAACCGCACGUGGUGACCAAUGCCAGCAUGUGGGAGCCAAAUCGAGUGUGUGGGAAAAACCCCGGAACCACUGACUCUUCCGAUCUGGACUGCACCAAAGACCGAAAACAAGGACAAGAAGUGUCGGUUGUCUCUUCCGUCAAAACUAUACAGGCAGUGGAGGUAAAAAUGUGGGAACCGCAGUGGGCGCCUGAGAAAAAACCUAGCUCUGAUGACUCAGCUCAACCAGACGCCACCACGGACUGUGAGCAGCGACAGGAAGUGUCAGUCAAAGCAGCGGAGGAGUCGGUGAACACGUGGGAACCACAACGACUCCGUAUUCGCAGUGCCACCUCAACGGAACGACCUCGGAGCAAGAAUCCUGGGAACCAUGGCAAUGCCACACAACCCACCAGAGUGAAUGAGGCACAUGUGUGGAAAAACCUUGGGAGUAAAAUGGACAGUGGGUCGGAGUCGGCUUCAGGUGACGCUGGCAUUUCUGAGCCACAGCGCCUCCGGAGUAAGACCACUGGAGUCCCCGCUCCUGCCAGGUCGGACGUUCCAACUUGUCCGGGGGUCAAGAGAGGCAGCAGUGAAGGUGGCACCGCUUGUGAGAACCACACAGCAAAGAGCCUGAAGCUGGACGACGCCUGGCAGAGGAACUUGGGAAACGUGCGGGUCCAUAUCCGCGACCUCGGCAUCAGAGUGACCGCCCUCCAGCGAGAUUUGAAAACCGAGGUGGGAAAAGUGACGGUGAAGGGUGGACGCGUCAAGACGCGUUCAUGAAACAUUUCCAUGGAAACAUGUACAUAGUUGUUUUUAUUUAUGGCUCGUGGUCUGUGUAAAUAUGACUCUGUUGCCGUGGUGAUGUCAGUUGGAGGUCUUUGUUACCUUUGUGUGUGCUUUUGUAAUUGGCAUCAUGUUGGUUUUCUUCUUCAUCCAAUA